ACUCGUCAUGGAUCUGGACGUCAUCGAGGGGCUGAAUGAGAUCCGUCCUUCAGUUUAUCGAGUCGCCAUGAAGCUCCUGUCUCUGCAGAGACUCUGUCACUUGCACGUUGUGUACGUGCGACACGUCAUGGCGGCGUUCAGCUCGCUGGAUGGGACGGGACAACAGGAUGUGAGGCUGAGCAGACAGGAAGUGACCCGAGCUCUCAACAGGAUGUUUAACAGCGCGUCACAGGAAGUUUUGGGUCAUGUGAUUGAGGAGACGUGUGACGUGAUACUACGUUUGUUUGCCGGGUCAGAGGCUCAGGAUGCGUCGGUGUCCGCCAUGUCUCUCCAGGCGGCGCUCGUCGCUUUGUCGGCUGACGCUCUGCUCACCAAGUACAGAGCUCUUGUGAGACUCAGUGAAAACCGGUCAGGAUCCAUCAGCAGAUCUGGACUCAGGUCGCUACUUAACGAACUUCGUCAGGUUCCAGCCGCUGUGCAGGAGGAGGGAGUUUUCGGCGCCGUGGAGGAGGCGGUGAGGUCUUGUUUUAACGGGGUGUUGACUCCGACAGCGAGCGCAGAACACGUGAUGUCAUGGCUGCAGAAUGAGCCAUGCCUGUUGCUAUGGUUACCCACUUUAUACCGGCUGUGUGUCAGUCAGAACGUCAGUCACAUGGUCCGAUGCCACACCUGCAAGACGUUCCCCAUCACCGGACUCAGGUACCGAUGUUUGAAGUGUGUGAAUGUCCACGUGUGUCAGAGCUGCUUCCUGAGCCAGAGACAGACACGCAAACACAAACCCCCACAUCCUGUCCUCGAGUUCUGCACACAGCCCACCUGGCGGGAGUCGCUGUCCUCGUUAGUGCGCAGCGCCCGGCACACUCUGUUGCCACGACGAUACACACCGAGAGAAGCUGAUGGGAGGGUCCUGUUGUGGGCGGAGCCAGGAGAGACUCAGAACAGAGCUCCACCCCCUUCAGAUGCCUCACCAUCAUUGGAUGAGACAGCUGUCCGGCACAGUUCCUGCUCGUCUAAAGCUCUGCAGACUGAUGAGGUGCUGACGACUGACGUCGGAAAGCUGCAGCGAGACAAGUGGCUGCUGGAGCAGGAGAUACAGGCGUGGAGACUCACCGUCCAAUCAGAACACAGCAUCCUAGAGGACAGGUGCUCCGAGAUGGAGGUUAGCUUGGAAACACUGAGGCAACAGAACGUGGGUCUGCAGACUCUGCUCGCUCAGACUUUGAACAAGACGGAGGAUCAACAACAUGCCAGUGACAUGCCACACGCCACCGCUGACACAGAGAUAAACUCAGAGGAGGACAACGAACAUGUGAUGGACGAGUCGAGUGAAGAUGAAAGUCGAACUCCAUCUCCCACAAUCCACCAGGGGGUGUCUCCAGCACCUGAAGGCCACUGUGAGGAGGGGUCUUUGGGUGACAGGCAUCACUGUCGUCCAAUUGAACGAGAGGAAGGAGACACCCGUCUGCCUGAAGAAGACGAGGAUUAUGAGACACGUCGUCCUGAAGAGCUGCUCCAACAAACUGUAGACAGACUGAAGACUGAGAUGGAGACAGACAGAUGGAGAGACAGACAGACAGGUGAUAUGAAGGAGGCGGAGCUUGUGGAGGCUGCAGAGCAGGUGGGAGGCUCAGUUCAACACCUGGUGGUUGCAGUGAGAACUACCACACUCUGACAGAUGAGUCGUGUUCAGGUCCAGCGGACGCCUCUUCUUCCUGCAACGUUUGGGGGCAGAGCCAGGUGAAGCUGGGCAGGUGGGGGCGGGGCCUGAAGGGGAACACAGCAGGUAGACAAGUGAGGUGCGAGGCUGCACAGGUGUGAUGAUGUU